AUGUUCACUGAAGCGGCGACCAGAGAUGUUUCCCGAGAAGAGAAACAACCGCAAGGGGCAACGUCGAUGGCGGCAGCACGAUUUAGCCGAUGCGGAGUAGAAUGGGGUGAGAAGGAGUGGUGGCGACGAUGGGAACCGAUAUUGCGACCUCGCCGACAAACGAUAUCAAUGGUAGUCCACGAUUACGAUGUCCCAUGUGAUGCUCUUCGUCGUUGUCGACAAACCUGUCGGCGGUUUGGCUUUGGCAGCUUACGGCUUCAACAACGGAUAUGA